AUCUAUUUAACUAUUAGUAUUUAUUUUUUCAAAGAUUGGAAAAUCAACCAACUACAGGUCCCAUCGCAUGGUAGAUGAAAUGCUCGAAAUACUGGCCAGUAAUAUCGAAGCACCCAUCCUGGAACACAUCAGAAACUCUCAGGCUGACGGGCUUGAACUUGAAGAGAGCACAGAUGUUGCUGUUAUUAAACAGCUAGAUGUGCCUGUUCGAUACCUUGAUAAAGAGGGAGCUCUCUUUUGUCAAUUUUUGGACUUAUUUCCACUGCCUGAUGGGAAGGCCAACACAAUUGUGACUGCCAUCCAUGACAUCACCGAUCGGAAGGGCAUUCCCCAGGUCAAGAUAUCUGGUCUUGGGACAGAUGGUGCAGCAGUGAUGACAGGAUGCCAAAAUGGAGCGGCAAAACAACUCUGUGACACCAUGCCAUGGCUAGUUACAGUGCACUGUGCUGCCCACCAUUUGGCCCUGGUCUGUAAAAAUGCUUCAGAGACAACACCGUACAUGAACACCUUCAAGGACCACCUGCAGCAACUCCACCUGUACUUUAGAAACAGCGUCAAUAGAACAGCAGUCCUGAAGGCAGCAGCCACAACCCUGGGCAUCUGUGAUCUGAAGGUGAAGGAGGUCAAAGACAGUUUCUCAGCACCAGGCAGUAGCCAAUCUGUGCAGGAAUCUACAUGCAGUACUAACGACCCUGGCAGACGAGGUGGAGCACAACGAGUGCCCUGUGGAAAAAGGUUGUCAAAAGUUUUCCAAAAGGAGGAUGUUCAUUUCCUUGCCGUGAAAGACCAAGUGCCAGUCACAAUUGAGACAAUCCGCAAAAUUAAGGAGGCAGGUGACCAUCAGCCUCCUGGCUCAGCCCUGUCUACACUCCAUCGCGAUCUGGACAAUCCCAAUGGAGAGGAGAGGGGGAGGAGAGGCCAGCGGCCCAGAAACCCUGAUCAGGAUAUACCAGCAAGCGAUGUAUUCUGGGAACAAUUUUGCACUCAGGUGAUACAGCCAUAUCUAGAAAAGCUAACAGAUCAGCAAAAUGAACGGUUCCAUCAACUGCACACCAUGGGUGCAUUCAGUGUCCUGGGUCCACAAGCAGCCAGGAACCCAGAUCAAGAUGUUCCUGUGAGUCACCUGAAGACCCUUGCUGCCAAGUUCCCCCCCAUGGUUGAGGAGGCACUUUUGGAGGAAUGGCCUUCAUUUAAAGAACAUCUUCUUACUGGUGUGGUGAAGGACAAGACUCAGUUAGCUGUCAUGAGGGAGCUGGCAUUACAGUAUGGUGAAAACAGACCUCAGGAACAGGCUGCAAGGAGAGUACUUGGGGGCCUGCAUGAAGACUUGGGGGCCUCCUGUGGCAAAAUUUCCAUAUCAUGAUGCCAUGGUGAAAUUUUUCUCAAAGCCAAAGAAGAUAAAGUGCAGCAAUGAAUCAUGCACACUGUGUUCAUGAUGUCCUAAUGUUUUGCAAAGGUCAUAGGUUACACAGCUUAU